AUGCUGUGCUGCAUAAGAAGGACCAAACCGGUGGAGAAGAAUGAGGAUGCGGACCAGAAGAUUGAACAGGAUGGCACCACCAACAAACCCGAGGACAAGGCCCACAAGGCUGCCACCAAAAUACAGGCCAGCUUCCGCGGACACAUAACUCGGAAAAAGAUGAAAGACGGAGAGGAAGAGAAGGAGGGAGACAGUCCUGCUGCUGAAGAGGAGGCGACAGAGGGGGGAGAGGAGGCAAAGAAAGCCGAGGGAGAGGAGGCACCUGCAAAGGAGGAGGAAGCUGCAGGAGAGGAGGCCAAGAAGGAGGCGGAGACGAGCCAAGCCAAAAGCCCAGUGGCAGACAAGCCAGCUAACUCUCCGGCAGCUGCUGCUGCCUCUCCUGUGGGCGCCGCAACGUCUCCUGUAUCGGCAGCACCGGCUGCUGCUGCUGCUGAUGCUGCCUCACCCGUGGCCGCCACAGCGCCCUCUGAGCCCCCGAAAGAGGAGCCAAAGGCGGAGGAGAAAGUCGAGGAGAAGCCCAAAGAGGUGGAGGCCCCAGCGGCGGCAGCCAAGAGUCCCACCACGGUCACUGCUGAGGAGAAGAAGGAAGAAGAGGAGAGCGAGGGGAAAAAGGAGGCCAGACAAGCCGAUGUGCCUGCUGCUGUCAGCCCGACAGCUGAGAAGGAGGAGCCGAACCAAACAAAAGAUGCUGUAGAGGAGUCUAAAGCAGAGGAGGCCACUCCAGCAGAUGCAGCGGCGGAGGGCACUGAGUCCAAGGAUGACUAA